AUUCUUCCGGUACAACAUGACGGAGAGAUGUAGCGAGCUUAUCAUGAAUUAUUUCGUUGUGUAGAUUGAUGUAUUUGGAGUGUUUCAAUGUCAGAAUCACCGGACACCCGCAGUUUGGUUUCUGCGUCAUCCCAGCUCAAUUUAAUGGAAAUAGAUACGAUCGACGAUAAAGAGUUUGACAUCCCGCAAGUGGACACCCCUCCUACUCUGGAGAGCAUCUUGAAUGAGCCUGAGGAAGAGGAGGAGCCCUUCAUCCUGGAAGACACAAGCCUGAUGAACACAGAGAGCAUCGAUGCCCAUUCCUGUGAGACGUCUUCACUGGCCAGCUCUGACAGCGGAGACCGAACACACCUCAAACGGAAGAGGAAGACAUUGGAGCUGCACACAGCAAUCCAUGGUUCUGUACUCCGACACAGCAUCCUGAAAGGCAUCUCUGCCCAGAUAGUCUCAGCCGCUGACAAAGUAGAUGCUGGACUACCAACUGCAGUGACCGUAUCUGGAGUCAUCGUGGUGGGGACAUCUCAUGGCUUGGCUUUGGUGUUUGGAAAAGAUCUCAACCAGGCACUCCGGUUGUGCCUGGGGAGCACAGCGACGGGGGCGGAGUAUGGAGCGGUGUCCGCCCUUAGCAUCAACCACGACUGCACCCGCCUGCUCUGCGGCUUUGCCAAGGGACAGAUCACCAUGUGGGACCUGGCCAAUGGGAAACUUCUGAGGACCAUAACAGACGCCAACCCGCCCGGAAGUGCCAUCUUGCAUGUCAAGUUCACUGAUGACCCCACGCUGGCGGUGUGCAACGACAGUGGCGGCUCCGUGUUUGAGCUGGCUUUCAGGAGGGUGAUGGGAAUGCGUACAUGUGAUUCCCGCUGUCUGUUCAGUGGCUCUAAGGGGGAGGUUUGCAAUGUGGAGCCCCUGCACACCCCCCCGGACCUGAAGGACCACCCCAUCACACAGUACUCCCUACUGGCCAUGGCCUCCCUAACCAAGAUUCUGGUGAUUGGACUGAAGCCCUCCCUCAAAGUGUGGAUGACAUUUCCCUAUGGCAAAGCGGACCCCAGCAGUAUCCCCCAGCUGGCCUGGCAGUUUGUUCCCGUUCAGAAGGCUGUCAACCCCGUCCUGGCCUUCUGCAGAGGAGUCACUGUUCACUUCCUGCUGGUUAAGAAAGAUGACAGCGGAACCAUCCAUGUCAUCAAACAGAGACAGCUGCAGCUCGACUGUGACAUCAUCAGUCUGAGUUGGAUUGACAGUCGUACCCUGGUGGCGGUGGACAGUGGGGAGAAGCUCCGCGUGGUGGACCGACCCAGCCAGGAGGAGCUGGAGACCAUCGACAUGGCUGAGGUGCAGCUGGUCUACAACAGCAGCCAUUUUAAAUCGCUGGCCACGGGGGGAAACGUCAGCCAGGCACUGGCUCUGGUCGGAGAGAAGGCCUGCUAUCAGUCAGUCUGCAGCUACGCUGGACAAAUCGUCAUACUUGGAACCAAGUCAGCCCACGUCAUGACACUGAGGAGCUGGCGAGAGCGGGUGGACUUUUUGUUGAAACAGGAGCGUUUUGUCGAGGCUCUGUCCUUGGCGUGGUCCUUUCACGAGGGGACAGCCAAGGCUGUACUAGGGUUAUUUGGUGACCCAGCGAAGCGGAAAGGAGUGGUGGCUGACAAGAUGGUGGAGAUUCUGUUCCAGUAUGUGGAACACUCGCUGAAGAAAUGUCCCGAACACGGGAAGAUUCAAGUCAUGGAACAACACUUCCUGGAUGUGGUGCCUGUUGUGGUCGAUUACUGUUUACUACUGCAGCGGACGGACCUGCUGUUUAGCCAGUUGUAUGGUCGCCUGGGGGAGAACUGUGUGGCGCGGGGGGUCUUCCUGGAGAGCCUGGAGCCCUACAUCGUGUCGGAGCGUCUAGGCUGUUUGAACGCUGCCGUCAUGAAGGACCUGCUGGCUCAUCUGCAGGACAACAACAUGAUGGACAGCAUCGGGAACUGUCUUGUCCACAUGGACAUCACCAGCCUGGACAUACAACAGGUUGUCCAGAUGUGUUGGACAAACCAACUGUAUGAUGCCAUGAUCUAUGUCUUCAACCGAGGCAUUAACGACUACAUUAACCCUAUGGAGAAACUCUUCCAGGUCAUCACCCCCCCACUCAGACAAGGCAGGGCCCUCACAGAUGAACAGGUAGUGAUGGGCAACAAGCUGCUUGUUUAUAUCAGCUGCUGCCUGGCUGGACGUGCGUAUCCACUAGGGGACAUCCCAGAAGACCUUGUGUCUCAGGUCAAGAACCAGGUGUUUGAGUUCCUGAUUGGGGUUCACUCGGCAGACGCGGGCCCAGACGAGGACAUGUACCCCUACAUCAGAACACUGCUGCACUUUGACACCCGGGAGUUCCUCAACGUCCUCGCCCUGGUGAGCCAAGACUGGGCAACAGAACAGGGAACUACAACCCCCACACUGAGAACUACAACUAGAGCCACACCCACACUGGGAGAGGUAUCUUCAAGUCUACAGAAACACCGGGACAAUGUUUUGACGUUUGAGGACUUUAAGAACGACAAACAAGCUCUUGAAUAUCAACAGAGGAUUGUGGACAUUUUACUGAAGGUGAUGGUAGAGAACAGUGACUUCACGCCAUCUCAGGUGGGAUGUCUGUUCACCUUCCUCGCCCGCCAACUGGCCAAGCCAGACAACACCCUCUUUGUCAACAGGAAGCUCUUCGAUCAGGUUCUGGAGUUCCUGUGUUGUCCUGAUGAUGACUCCAGACACACUGAGCGACAACAGGUGCUGUUAGAGCUGCUGCAGGCAGGGGGCGUGGUCCAGUUUGAUGAGGGACGACUGCUGAGACUGGCUGAGAAGGCUGAGUUCUACCAGAUCUGUGAGUUUCUCUAUGAGCAGAAGCACCAGUAUGAUAAGAUCAUCGACUGCUACCUUAGAGAUCCACUGAGAAAGGGGGAGGUCUUUAACUACAUCCACAACCUACUGUCCAUUCCUGGCUACAGCUCUGAGGAGAAACAGUGUGUCUGGAACAAAGCAUUGCAGCACAUCCAGGAGUUGGUGACCCUUGACCCUGCCAAGUCAGCUGACCUGGUAGUGGUUCACUUCCCUGAAGAAGUGGGACCCAUCAUCACCCAAUUACAGGAUGACCACCUCGUGUUUCAGUUCCUUCGGUGCCUCCUGGACCUGAGGGAAGGCCCUCAUCCCCAGGCUCUCCUGAAAUUGAGCCCUGACCUGAAUGAGCUUCAUAUCAGCUUGAUGUGCCGCUUUGCCCCCCGCCAGCUCACUGACUUUCUCAAGUCCUCCCAGGAGUACAGACUGGAGGAAGCUAUACAGAUUACCAAGCAGAACCAGCUGCAUGAAGCCACAGCCUACCUGUUAGAGAAGAAGGGUGAUGCCCACGGAGCAUUUCAGGUUUUGCUGAAGACGCUGAAGGUCAAACUCUGCGCUCUCACCGAGGGGGGGGGGGCGCAGCAGAGGAGCGGAGAGGAGUGCGAGGGAGGGGCGGUGCUGCGGAGAGUGGAGGAGGGUUUGAGAGACAUCAUUGCUCUGUGUCACAGGAGCUCCCAAAGUCUCAACCCACAGCAGAGAGAGGUGCUCUGGUUCCCUCUGCUUGAAGCAAUGAUGUCACCGCAGAAGCUGUUGAAAGGACCGGACGCCCGCCCCACAUCAGAGGCGCUGAAGGAGCUGACCAUGAACGUCCUGAACCGGAUGAGUAGUUUCAUCCCCCUCCCCGCUAUCAUCCAGCGCAUUCUACAGGACCCUGUGUAUGGGAAAGGGAAGCUGGCAGAGAUACAGGGUCUGAUCUUGGGGAUGCUAGAGACCUUCAACUAUGAGCAGACAUUACUGGAGACCACCACCAGCCUGCUGAACCAUGACCUCCAUUGGUCGUUGUCCCACCUGCGGGCUGUGGUUAGCAAGGGGCUGCACCCCCGUCAGGACCAGUGCAACAUCUGUCUCCAGCAGUACAAGAGACGACACGACAGCCCUGAGCAGAUCAUCGUAUUCAGCUGUGGCCAUCUGUACCACUGUCAUUGUCUUCAGAGGAAGGGGAGGAGCCAGAUGGACCCCAGGCUCUUUCAGGCUUGGAGCUGCUACAAGUGUACUUCCUCCCAGGGAGGAAGGGGCGGGGACAGGGGUGCAUUGGAGACUGGAAGGGGGCGGAACACCUCCCUAGCACAGACGUCCCGAACAGCAGUGGGGGAUGUUAAAAAGGUGUUUGUUGAGACGACACUGGAUCCCCAGCAGAGCCAGUCCUGGGACCAGCUACGGAGUCUGUAUAGAGGCCCAUCCAGGUUGGCCAUCCUGUCAGAAAUCUCCCACUGCCAUGGCAAUGAGAAGUCAGGCCUCCUCAACCCCGCCCAACCAGGAACAGGAAGUAUAUUCCACAGUGAGAACUUCCAGCUCAAACUCUCUCCGCCGCCAUUGGUUGAAGAGUAGCAUGCUAGGAGAUGUCCUGUAUAAUAAACAUUUUCGUGACAUUAAUCAAUGUUUUUGUAGAACAGGCAUUAUUUCCUGCUCAGGCAGAAUAGAUUUUGUCUGCUCUAUUAUUUAUAUUUCCAUCUAAACCUUCUGUUGUUAAUUAAAAACUGUCAUGCUUUCAAUCAUGUCUGUCAAAACUAGUCUUUGACUCGACACAUGGGUUUGACUACAACUUAUGUCUGUCUACAAAUGUCCGUAAAUAAACCAGUUCAUAACAUCA